AUGCAAGAGGGCAGGGAUGUUGCCGAACAGAGUAUAGAUAACGCCAACGUAGAGAUGGGUCAGCAACCCGAAACGGAGGAGGGAAAACAUAGGUAUAGGGAAAUAGUAAGAGAAAAUAUCGAGACAAAAUUCGAAAGAUUCCGCAAAUGGGCAAAGGAAAACCUAGGCGCACUAGCUGCCAUUGCUAUUUCUAUCUCCGGAAUCAUUACCACGGUUGUGGUAGCCGGGAAGAAAACCAUCGUAGGAGCCUCCAAGGGAUUAGGAGCUGUAAGAAAAGCAUUGGCUGGACUUGCAAAAUCCGCACUAACAAUCCUAGUACCUUUCCUAAAUUUACUGAGUACUAUCCUAAGUUGGGGAGCCAAAGGUCUCGCCUUCCUUGCCCAAAAUCUAUGGAUCGUAGCAGUCCUAAUUGCCGGAGCCAUAUACAAGUACCUACAGAUGAAACGAAAGAAAUAA